AGUAGCAAGUUUGGGGGCGUCAAGGGAUCGAAAGUUCAAUUUUUAAAGAAUUUCAAAACUCUUAAGUCCCAGCCCUGUUUGCCCAUCUCGCUGCGCCCCCAUUUCCCCCCAUUGCUUUCUUCCAUUUGCUGGGCUAUAUUAUCUUUUACUUGCCAGCAUUCCCCCCAUCUUUCUCCCUUUGCUUUUACGUUUACGGUUAUGCUUUUAUUAUAGAGGAUAUUCUUUUAUUUUUACAUAGAACAGCGUUUUUAAACAGGCUCUUGCAGUCUCCUCUAAUUCACAAUGGGUCGCAGCAAGAAGGUCUUGGCGCCCGGCGACUCUAAAGAAGACUUGAUUCUUCUUCCCAAUCUAACAGACGACGUUGUUUUCGCCAACCUCAAAGACCGCUACUCCCGAAACCAAAUCUUCACACGCAUAGGUGCCAGUGCACUUGUAGUCGUCAACCCCGUAAAGACUCUCGAAUCCUUUUCCGACGGAACAUCCUCACAAUAUGCCGCAUGGGCAAAGGACACAUCCGAGGAGAAGGUGCCGCUCCCCGCGCACAUCUUUGACUUGGCCUCUUCCGUGUUCUACCACAUGCUACGCAACCAGCAAGAUCAAUCCGUAGUCUUUUGCGGAGAGAGCGGUAGUGGCAAAACCGAAGCUCGGAAACUUUUGGUCAGGCAGUUGAUUGCACUCAGCAGAAAUGCAAAAAAGAAGUCAAAGGUGCACUCGGGAGUAAUGAAAACGGAAACGGUUUUGGAUGCGUUUGGAACGGCACGCACACUGACGAACCCAAACUCCUCUCGAUUCGGUCGAUACACCGAGUAUCAGUAUGACGAGCGCGGAAAAAUGGUUGGUGCAAAGAUGCUGGACUACCUGUUGGAAAAGAGCCGAGUAUCCCACACUCCAGCCGAGGAACGGAAUUUUCAUAUCUUUUACUACCUCCUGGCGGGUGCCACACCAGAAGAGAAGAUACAAUGGCGCUUGCAGGAUGCUGGACAUUUCUCUUACUUGCAGACACCGAGGCACGCUCGUCUGACUACGGAAGACCAAAUCAAAUUUGGAGAACUUCGAGAUCACCUUAAAUCCUUGGGCGUAGGAAGAAGAUUACAAGCACAGAUCUAUCAAUUGAUGGCUGCUACACUUCAUCUGGGAAACGUUACAUUCCAGGAUGAUCCGGAAAAACCUCAGGAGGCAUGUACGGUGAAGAACCAAGAGGCGUUGGAAAUCGCCGCUGAGCUUCUUGGUGUGGCUGCACGGAAUCUGGAGGCCGCGCUUACCUUGCGGACAAAGCUUGUAUACAGGGACGUUGUCACAGUCUUCUUGAAUGCCGAGGACGCCGCAUCUCAGCGUGAUUCCUUGGCCAAGACCUUGUAUUCUCUGGUGUUCAGCUGGUUAGUAGAACACAUCAACAGUAGGCUAUGCAAAGAAGAUUGCGCCACAUUUGUAGGCGUGGUGGAUUUGACUGGAUUUGAGGACUCUAAAUCAAACGGGUUCGAACAAUUACUGGGCAAUUUUGCCAACGAGCGUCUCCAACAGUUUGUCAACCAUCGCAUCGUAGAGGCUCAUGAAGAAUAUGUCCGUGAAGGCAUCCGCUCAGCCUCGGUUCCCCAAAACGACAAUACCCCUAUUGUAGACGUUAUCGCGGGUAGCGGCGGCGUUUUUUCAGUGAUCGAUGCAGCAUCUGUGGAAGGAAACCAGAAACAGCCAGAUGUGCCUUGUCUUCAACGACUAACCGAGAAACUUGGCCAGAACCAGUUCUUUGUGCAAGGGAACUCCAGCACGUCGUUUGGGAUUAAGCAUCAUUCUCGCACUGUCGAAUAUGAUACCACCAACUUUCUCGAUAAGAACAAGGAUGUGCUAUGCCCGGACUUUGUGUCGAUCUUCCGAGGUAAUGGCAAGGACAUCCCUUCGUCUGCGAAUGGCUUCAUUCGAGAUCUUUUCUCGGAAAAGGUUGUUUCGACCGAGAACGGUGGACGCGAUUCUGGAAUGGUCACUGGAGCGCAGGGGCCAAAGAAGCCCCUUCGCCAACCUUCUUUGAAGAGGAAGGGUGGCCGUUUCGGGUACGAAAAGACCGCUCCUCCCACAGUUGCAUACAACUUCAAAGCAGCGAUUGAUGAGAUGAUCGACACCCUAUCGGAGACAAUUCCUUGGUUCGUCAUGUGCAUCAAACCAAACGAAGACCUAUCUAGUGAUAAAUUGGAGUCGAAGCGGGUCAAGCAGCAGCUUCGUGCCUUGGGAAUCACACGGAUCGCUCAAGCUCGUGCUGCCGCUGACUACACGGCAAGCUAUGGUAUUGACGAAUUUCUGUCUCGCUACCGAGUGAUCAUCGAUCCCAUGCGGUUGGAUGAGUCUGCAGGUCCCAGCGGCAAGUGCGAGGAUUUUGUAUUGCAGAGCAAUUGGACAAGUAGGGAAAUGGCCAUUGGUCGUAACAAAGUGUUCCUUUCCGAAUCGUCGUGGAUCUCCUUGGAAGAUGAAUUGAGAACCAUUGAGGAUCAGUUGCGCGCGGAGAGAAAGGCUCGAGGGAGGAGUAGAGCACGCGAUGGCUCGCAAGAGAGGUCUCGCGGGACUAGUGUUGGUUCAUCUAGCUUCCUUGACGAUACCGCAUCCCAGUAUAGCACUGAUAUGGAGUACGGGGAUGAGGGCUCUUACUACGACGAUACAGAGUCUCAGUAUAAUUCAGAGUUUGAGUAUGAACCAUCCGCUCAUCGAUUGUCCCAAGUCAGUAUCAGAGCAGGAUCCAUGGACAAGAAGCUAGCCGACAGGGACUUGAAUGAACUGAAUGUCAUCUCCACGAAGAAAGAUGCUUCAGAGGAAACCUUAAUCGAGGAAAAUGAAACAUCGCCCGCUCGAAAAAAAUGGGUCUGCUUCACCUGGUUCCUCACUUGGUGGAUCUUUCCCCCCUGUUUGUCCUUCUGCGGUGGAAUGAAGCGGAAGGAUAUUCAAAUGGCAUGGCGUGAGAAGGUUGCUCUCUGUAUCAUUAUAUUCUUCCUCUGCUGCGGACUUUUGUUCUUCAUUAUCGGUCUCGGUCGACUGAUUUGCCCCAGAAUCAACGUGCUCAGUACCGAAGAGUUGGCAGGACGAACGAAUCCCGAUGACCCUUGGGUGUAUGCCUACGGUCGUGCAUACGCCAUCAAGCCCCUUAUACAAACCCACCAGAAUCUCAACAUCCAAGAUUAUCGUCUUGCGGAGUUUUACGGACAAGACGUGGCCUUCAUGUUCAACAAGACGAACAAUUUUGCAGCUUACUGUCCUGGAGUACCUGCGCCGACCAUGGGAUGGGACAACUUGGCGAAUCGUCGUCCACUUGCUUUUGACAUGCACAUGCACGACUUAAUUCAAACUAUCGAUGGACAAAAAUUUCCCAGACCUUACUUUGAAUACAUGAACCAGUUUGCUAAGAGCCGGGUUGCAUGGACCAUGGAUUUCAUUGAGGCGAAUGCGAAGCCCACAAAACGGUUGAUUGUCAUCAAUGACAAUGUUUACGACGUGACAGCAUAUUUCAAUUCGCCCUUCUUCAACGACCUGAACAUUGACAGGAUUUUUGGUGGUUUCAUUGGCAAGGACGCUACAGAAGAGUGGAACAAAGUCAUUCGAAACAGGGACCCCGGUCUCUCGAGGACGUAUCUAACAUGCAUGAACAAUAUGUUUUAUCAGGGUGUCGUCGAUCACCGAAACGAUGUCAAAUGUCAAUUCUCAAACUACGUCUUGCUCGCUAGUACCAUCGUCUUGGUUGCGGUGAUCGGAUUCAAGUUCUUGGCUGCUCUUCAGUUUACGUCCGCAAAGGAACCCGAAGAGCAUGACAAGUUUGUCAUCUGCCAAGUGCCUUGCUAUACGGAAGGUGCCGAGUCUCUGCAAAAGACUCUAGAAUCCCUUGCUGUUCUGCGAUAUGAUGACAAACGAAAGCUCUUGUUCGUCAUCUGUGAUGGUAUGAUUAUUGGUAGUGGAAACGACCGACCAACGCCUCGAAUCGUCCUCGAUAUCCUGGGUGUUGAUCCCAAUCACGAUCCUGAACCUUUCAGCUUCCAGUCUUUGGGCGUUGGCGAUAAGCAGCACAACAUGGGCAAGGUCUAUUCUGGUCUGUACGAAGUGCAAGGGCAUUCCGUUCCCUAUAUUGUGGUCGUCAAAGUCGGAAAGGCCAGUGAACGCUCUCGCCCUGGUAACCGUGGUAAACGUGACUCGCAGAUGAUUUUGAUGCGCUUCUUGUCCCGUGUUCACUUCAACUCUGAGAUGAAUCCUCUCGAACUUGAGUUGUACCACCACAUGAAGAACAUCAUCGGUGUCAAUCCUUCCUUCUACGAAUACAUUCUUAUGGUCGAUGCUGAUACGGAAGUGUCCCGAGACUCGCUGAACCGUAUGAUUUCCUCGAUGAUCCACGACUCGAAAAUCAUGGGACUCUGUGGAGAAACGCUCCUCGCCAACGAAAAAGUAUCUUGGACGUCGAUGAUUCAGGUGUACGAGUACUUUAUUUCCCAUCACUUGGCAAAGGCCUUUGAGUCUCUCUUUGGCUCCGUCACUUGUCUCCCGGGAUGUUUCUGUAUGUACCGAGUCCGGACCCCGACCAAGAAUGUCCCUCUCCUUAUUGCGCCUAGCGUGAUCAAUGACUAUUCCGAGAACCGCGUUGACACCCUUCACAUGAAGAACUUGCUCCAUCUUGGUGAAGAUCGGUACUUGACCACGUUGAUGAUGAAGCACUUCCCACACUUGAAGACCAGUUUUACCAACGACGCGCAGUGUCGCACCAACGCCCCUGACCAAUGGUCUGUCCUGCUCUCGCAACGUCGUAGAUGGAUCAACUCCACGGUGCACAACCUGUUGGAAUUGAUGUUCUUGCCUCAGCUCUGCGGUUUCUGCUGUUUCUCAAUGCGUUUCGUUGUCAUCCUGGAUCUGUUCUCAACGCUCGUGCAACCGGUUAUGAUGCUGUACAUUAUAUACUUGAUUUACUCUGCGGUGUCGGCAACUGAGAUUUUCCCCAAAAUGUCGAUUAUUCUAUUGGGUGCUAUAUACGGUUUGCAAGUCAUUAUCUUCAUUCUGAAGCGGCAGUGGGCGCAGAUUGGAUGGAUGAUUGUGUAUAUUCUUGCGAUGCCUGUCUUCAGUUUCUAUAUUCCCCUGUAUUCAUUCUGGCACUUUGAUGAUUUCUCCUGGGGUAACACCCGUGUAGUUAUUGGCGAAAAGGGCAAAAAGAUGGUGUAUUCUGCCGAUGUUGCACCGUUCGAUCCGAAAUCCAUCCCGCAGAAAAAGUGGUCGGAGUAUGAAGCUGAGGUUUGGGAAAAGGGGUCCGAAGGUUCACGAGACUCUCGUGCAUCGGACUUUAGCGGCCGACCACCAGUAGCGGGAUCUGUCUACGGUGGAGCGUCAGCUUAUGGUCCAGCACCGUCGGCAUAUGGUGGAUCAGCAUACGGUGGCCCGACACCUUCCGUAUACUCUGGUUAUGGCGUACCUGGAGCAGCGGGCUCGGUGUAUGGCGGGUCUGCAUACGGCGCCGCCGCGCCCGCUCUGCCACCGUAUCAAUCGCAAAAGCGGUUGUCCCAUAUUUCUGUGGGAAGCAUGGGCAUGUUUGCUGGUGGACUCCCUUCGGACGAUGACAUUCUCCGCGAAGUCCGACGCAUCCUAUCCACCGCCAACCUGAUGACUGUUACCAAGAAGCAAGUGCGUGACGAGCUGUCUUCGGUAUUUGGUGUAGAUUUGACUGCAAAGAAGACGAUUAUCAACGGAUUUAUUGAGGAUAUACUUCAAGGAAGGUUGUGAUUAUGGAAUCCUUAUGAGAGUUAAUAUGUAGUCUUUAUUGUUUAAUUCGAGAAAACUGUAUUUUGGAAUGGUGAAGGGAGGUAGUAAUGUACAAAUGAAUACAGUACAGUAUGUGUAUUAUUGAACUAUAACGGGAUCAACUCACUGUAUUUACGCCUUCAAUCCUGGAACAUCAAGUCUCAA